CAGUUGGCACUCUUGGAAGUUAUGGCAGUUCGGUGAUGACAUUUCUUAUCAUUUCUGGCAGCCACACUUCGAAGGAGGAAGUGUGUUGUUAUCUUUGUGAGUUUUUAGUGUUAAAAUAAUUCGUUUUCGAUAGCAAUUUGACAAAUAAGUGGUGAUUAAAAUGAAGUGGUAGCUGAGACUCGAACUAAAAAGCCUUUUAAACAAAUUAGUGCGUAUGCAUUUCUUGAAAAUCGAUAAACGAUUUCCUUGAUUUGUUACAAUGAUAAAGAUGGAAACUGAUAAAAUAGACGAUUCAACAACUAACAACAGUUCACAGUAUACAGGUACGAUUUUGCCGCCAUAUGAUACGGCCCGCAAAAAAGAGCAUUCGACCACCUUCAAUACGGAGAGAGAAGCAUGUCUGAAAUAUUUCGAAAAAUGGAGCGAAUCCGAUCAAGUCGAAUUCGUGGAGAAUCUUCUGACGCGCAUGUGCCACUACCAACACGGUCACAUCGACUCCUAUCUCAAGCCGAUUCUGCAAAGAGAUUUCAUCUCUCUAUUGCCCAAGAAAGGUUUGGAUCAUGUCGCAGAAAAUAUUUUGUCAUAUUUGGACGCGGAAAGUCUGAGGAACACGGAACUGGUGUGCAAGGAAUGGUUUAGGGUGAUAUCGGAAGGCAUGCUAUGGAAAAAAUUGAUAGAAAGAAAAGUCAGGACGGACUCGCAGUGGCGGGGAUUGGCGGAGAGACGAAUGUGGAUCCAGUACCUGUUCAAACCGCGUCCGGGUGAAAACCAUCGCCCCCACGGUUUUUACCGUUCCCUCUACCCCCGAAUUAUCCGCGACAUAGACGGUAUCGAAUCCAAUUGGCGGAACGGCAAGCACAUCUUGCAAAGGAUCAAUUGCCGGUCGGAGAACAGCAAGGGAGUGUACUGUUUGCAGUACGACGAUCAGAAGAUCGUUUCCGGUUUGAGGGAUAACACGAUCAAGAUAUGGGACAGGAGUACGUUACAGUGCACCAAGGUGCUCAUAGGGCAUACUGGUAGUGUGCUGUGCUUGCAGUACGACGAUAAGGUUAUAAUUAGUGGAUCUAGCGAUGCGACUGUCAGAGUAUGGAUGGUCAAUACCGGCGAAAUCGCUAACACUCUGAUACAUCAUUGUGAGGCUGUGCUCCAUCUUCGAUUUAAUAACGGAAUGAUGGUCACCUGUUCCAAGGAUCGUUCGAUAGCCGUGUGGGAUAUGACGUCACCGGCAGAGAUAACCUUGCGGAGGGUGCUGGUCGGCCAUCGAGCGGCUGUCAACGUGGUCGAUUUCGAUGAAAAGUACAUCGUUUCCGCGUCCGGCGACAGAACGAUCAAAGUGUGGAACACUUCUUCGUGCGAGUUCGUGCGGACCUUGAACGGCCACAAGCGAGGCAUCGCUUGUUUGCAGUACCGCGAUCGCUUGGUGGUAAGCGGUAGUUCCGACAAUACUAUAAGGUUGUGGGACAUCGAAUGCGGCGAAUGUCUCAGGGUGUUGGAAGGCCACGAGGAGCUGGUCAGGUGCAUCCGGUUCGAUUCGAAACGGAUCGUGAGUGGUGCGUACGACGGCAAAAUCAAAGUGUGGGACCUGUUGGCGGCGCUGAACCCCAGAGCGCCCACCAGUUCCCUGUGUCUUCGUACGCUUGUGGAGCAUACGGGACGCGUGUUCAGACUCCAGUUCGACGAAUUCCAAAUCGUCAGCAGUUCUCACGACGACACCAUCCUCAUCUGGGACUUUUUGAAUUCCAUACAGGAAGGCAAAAGCAGCCCGAAGAGUAAUAACGAUACCAGAUCUCCAUCCCCGUUUACCUACGAAUGAAUCUCCGCUAGUACCUAGACAAAGUUGAAAAAAACUCUCCGAUUCUCGCGCCGACUUCCAAAAGUUCUCCCAGGAUGGUGUGAUAUACGGGGUGGAGUGAUCGAGAAGUACGUUUCGUUCCGAACGAUUCGUUGAUGACGGCGAAAAAUCUCGAGUAACUUGUUGAUUUUUGUGGAUAAUAUCGAGCUGGCCCAUUGAUACUGAGUCUGCUAGACGUAGAUGCGUUCGGUUGUGUGGGAAAACGAGGUUGGCUGGUUUUCGAUUUUCCCAGCUACACAAAAUUUGUCGAU